AUGCUCCCUCUUUGCACUACUACCGUUGUCUUCAUAUCCAUGGCCAGCAUGGUGGCCAGUGCCUCCCCAGUCAACUUUACCCCGGCCGCGGUCACCGAGUCUACCAACACCACAACCCUAAUCAAGCGUACCCAGUUUUACCCCGGCAACCAGAAGGCAGGCGAAGAUGACUGGUGCGAGAAGUACCAGAUGGGCCAGUUUACGCGUGGCAACAGCAACCGCGCCAAGUCCGCCGACUGCGAGGCCAUUCUCAAGGACAUACCUACCCCGGGCUACUGGCUCAUUACGCUGGAUGACACCAAGGCCCAUGAGAAGAACGGGCGUUGGGUGCAGAUCGCCAAGCACAGUACCUGUGCCUUUGAUGUGCGCCUGUCCAAGGCUUAUAAGCAGGAUCGCCCGGAGAAUAUGUGGGACUUUAAGUUUGGAACAGAGGAUAUGUGGUGGGCAAUUUCUAAUUAUGCUUGGGAUCCAGACACCAAGGAUGGCACGCCACAAUCACUGGCAAUGGGCCACGACACUUCCUCCCUCUCCCAGCAAGCCCUCUCCAGCUGGAAAGCCAAUGCUCAAGCUUGGGACGCCCAGAUCACGCCCAACGGCAACAAAUACUGGCGCCAUCUCCAAGAACCUUGUCUGCGUCGUCUCCUCGGGGCCUACCUCUCUAAAUCAGGCGGCUGCCGCGCUCUGGACCUCGCAACAGGCAACGGCCUCUGUGCGAGAUGGAUGGCCUCCCUUAUGGACCCUGCUGGGAAAAGAGAUGUGCUUGCGACGGACGGGGCAGAGAGUAUGCUCGAUGUGGCGAGGAUUAGGGUUAAGGAGGCUGGGCUGGAAGGGGUCGUCAGGUUUAGGAAGGUCGAUGUGACGAGUAAGGAGGAUUUGGUGGGAUUGGUGAGGGCCGAAGGAAAGUGGGAUGUGGUGUUGAUGAAUAUGGCGUUGAUGGAUGUCGGGGAGGUGUGGAUUUUGGCGAAGACGUUGCCGCAUUUGCUGAGAAAGGGGGGAGUAAUUAACCAUGAGACGGGGGAGUUUGAGAUUUUGCGAAGUAUUGUGGUGAGGGAGUACAUGAAUGUUGCCCCUUACAAGGGAGUGGCUGUUGUGGGGCAACCGGAGAAGCAGGUGGGUGUUCAACACCGCGAGUUUUUACUUUCAUGCUUAUCAGAAUGGCAGAUCUACUUCCACCGGCCGAUGCACGAGCUCUUCGGUGUGUUCUUUCGUGAGGGCCUGGUCAUGGAUGCUCUGGAGGAGCUGGCGUUUCCGGAAGAGGCCAAAGAGGAGAAAGUCACUGCGACUGUCAAUUUCACACAGUUUCCAGUUAUCCUCGCUUUCAGGCUGAGGUUGCCAUGA